CCCACUAAAUUUCCCUAACCCAACUUUGUUUCUCAUACUCCAAAAUCCAACCAUAAACUCACUCACUCUCUCUCUCUUUCUAAACUUUUCUCCAAUGGGUUGUACGGCAUCGAAACUGGACAACGAGGACACUGUUAGGCGAUGCAAGGAACGUCGCCGUUUGAUGAAGGAAGCCGUCUUCGCUCGCCACCAGUUAGCAGCGUCUCACGCCGACUACUGUCGCUCCCUACGGCUCACUGGCACCGCUCUCUGUGUUUUUGCAGCUGAAGAGCAAAUCGCCGUUUCUGAUGAAACCCCAGCCGUUUUCAUCCAGCCUCCAAAUCCAACUCCACAACCAUCAACCAAUCACAUACCUCCACGUGUGACGCCAUCUCCCAGUCCCACUCUCCACACACCUCAACCACCUCCCCCUCAGGUAGCAAACACAAACCUACCUAAUAUUGUUACUGCUUCUGCCAAACGACGCCGUAAACCACCGCCAAAACUCCCUCACAUUUUGUCGGAAUCGAGUAUUACUUCGACACCUCGGAGUCAGAUGUCUAAUAAUUUCUACCCUACUGCUUACAGACCGAACCCCACCUACUCAACCACGCCUUCACAAGCUUCCUCUGUUUGGAAUUGGGAAAAUUUCUACCCUCCUUCUCCUCCAGACUCUGAAUUCUUCAACCGUAAAGCGCGCGAAAAUAUUCAAAACCAAAACCACCCUCAUCCUCAAUAUUUAGACGGCGAUCGAGAUUCCGAAACCGAGAGAUCGGAAUACGACUUUUCCCAACCACAUAAGGAGGGCCCUUUCCAAAACAGUAAUAUUGGUAACAAAACUAGUAGCUUUGUUGAUGAGGAAACCGAGAGAGAGGAAGUCCAUUUCAGCGAGUGGGGGGAUAAUUACAGUACUACGACUUCAUCGGACGAAGGGGAAGACAUGGAUAAAGAAUCAAAAUCCGAGAUGGGAAGCCACUCGAAUUUCGGAAGUUCGGUGAAGCAACACCCUAUCUAUGCUGAUAAAUCGGAGGAUGCGGCUUCCUCUUCAGCCGGUUACCGGGUUAGGGAGAUUUCGGAUAUGAAGAUGGUGGUCAGACAUAAGAAUUUGAAAGAGAUCGUUGAAGCUCUUAAAGAGAAUUUCGAGAAGGCGGCUGCAGCUGGAGACCAACUUUCUGAUAUCUUAGAAAUUGGCAGCGCUCAGCUGGAUCGCAGUUCUAAGCAAUUGAAGAAGACGGUGUAUCAUUCUAGCAGUAUGUUGAGCAACCUGAGCUCGAGCUGGACCUCAAAACCGCCAUUGGCUGUUAAGUAUCGGCUCGACACUGGUUCACUCAACGAACCGGGUGGUCCAAAGAGCCUUUGCUCCACCCUUGACCGGCUCUUGGCUUGGGAGAAAAAGCUUUACGGGGAAGUCAAGGCUAAAGAAGGUGUGAAGAUUGAGCAUGAAAAGAAGCUGUCAUCUCUACAAAGUCAAGAGUACAAGGGGGAAGACGAAACCAAGAUAGACAAGACUAAGGCUUCUAUCAAGAGGCUGCAAUCACUAAUUAUUGUUACAUCUCAAGCUGUCAACACAACUUCUUCUGCCAUCAUCGGUGUUAGAGACAACAAUCUUGUUCCAGAGCUUGUUGAUCUUUGCCAUGGGUUCAUGUAUAUGUGGAGGUCAAUGCAUCAGUACCAUGAAAUUCAAAAGGACAUUGUGCAGCAAGUCCGAGGUUUUGUGAACCGAGCAAACCAGGGGAACUCAACUUCUGAAUUACACCGACAAGCAACUCGUGACCUUGAGUCUGCUGUCUCUGCAUGGCACUCUAGUUUCUGUUGCCUAAUAAAAUUCCAACGUGAUUUCAUCCGGUCCCUCCAUGGCUGGUUCAAGCUUACUCUUCUUCCUGUCAGCAAUGACAACAGGAGUAUCAACAGGGAACCCUCUGAGUUGUAUGCAUUUUGUGAUGAGUGGAAGCUUGCCCUUGACCGUGUCCCUGACACAGUUGCUUCUGAAGCCAUCAAGAGCUUUAUCAUUGUUGUUCAUGUGAUAUCUGUAAAACAAAGAGAAGAGCUCAAGAUCAAAAAGCAAACUGAAUCUGCCUCAAAGGAUCUUGAGAAGAAGGCUUCAUCUCUCAGAAACAUAGAAAGGAAGUACUACCACACAUACUCCAUGGCUGGUGUUAAACUUCCUGAUGCCGGUCCUGAUAAUGGACAGGUUUUAGAUGCCCGGGAUCCGCUAGCUGAGAAAAAAUCAGAGCUUGCUGCAUGCCAAAGACGGGUGGAAGAUGAGAUGCUGAGACAUUCAAAUGCGGUAGAGGUGACAAGAGCAAUGACACUGAACAAUCUUCAGACAGGCUUACCAGGGGUUUUUCAAGCAUUAACCAGUUUCUCUUCCUUGUUUACUGAAGCUCUUGAAUCGGUGUGCACCCUUGCCUAUGCUAUCAAAUAAUUAUUUUAACUUAAUUUUUCCACUUCAAUUUUUGAGUGAAGUUUCAAAUUCCUAAGAGAGAUAUUUUUGCCUGCAGGCUCCUAUAAUUAUUGUUUUUUUUUUUUUUUCCCGCCUGUGGGGAAAUGGGCAGAAGAAGGUUUUGAUCAGUAAAUAUAAGGAAAUUUUUUACCUUUUGGGGUUUUGUCCUUCAUUUAGUAUGCCAAGGGGAGAACAAUGUGUUUGUACAGGAAAUUGCUUCGAAUUGUUGUUUCAGAGAUUAGCAAUUUCAGAAAAUGAAUAAAUAUACAACUGGUUUCUCUCUUCCAA